UGGGUGGUGAUACUUCCUUCUUAUUGUGCUGGGGAAAUCUGAUGUUGGCCCCUGAGUCCCGUUAACUUCCCCCAACUCGCCUCGCUUCCUGAGGCUCCUUGCAUUUGACCUGGAGAUUUUUGGCUGUUGUGUCUUCUCCCGGACUGGGUUAGACCUGCGGUGAGAGAUUUAUUUGAAGAAGAACCCCAACUGGAAACAAACCACGACUGAAGACGAGGGAACAGCAACAAGUGAACCAGCCCGAGGACUGAGAGCAUCAACUGGAGAGGACUCUUCCGAAUCGGAGAUUCCAGGAUUCAGUCAGGAGAAAGUUUGGUUAAAAACGAAAAGGAAUUUGUCUCCAGGAAUCUCAAACACGAUACGCCAGUUUUGCUGUCUCUAUCCAGAUAUUUAUACAGUGGAGUCGACCGUCCUUCCUGCUCAGACUGAGGGGAGGGAUCAACUAGGUCAUCUGACCAACUGGCACGCCCGUCAUUUUCGACAGGAGAAAGACCGUUCACCUGCUCACUCAAUGGGAAUGGAUUCACUCGGUCACCUCAAUUGAAGCUACAUCAGCAAUUUCACACUGGGAAAGGACAUUCAACUGCUCUGUGUGUGAGAAGGGAUUCAGUCGGUCAUUCCACCUGUGGACACACCAGUCAGUUUCCAUUGGGCAGAGGAUGGUCAUCUGCUGAAUUUUUGGGGAAGGAUUUACUCGGUCAUCUCACCUAAUGGCGCUCCAGCGAGUUCACACUGGGGAGAAGCCGUUCAUCUGCUCAGUCUGUGGGAAGGGAUUCACUCAGUCAUCCAAACUAGAAAGUCAUCAGCGAGUUCACACUGGGGAGAAGCCGUUCACCUGCUCGGACUGUGGGAAGGGAUUCACUCACUCAUCCACCCUAGUGAGUCAUCAGCGAGUUCACACUGGGGAGAGGCCAUUCACCUGCUCGACUUGUGGGAAGAGAUUCACUCAGUCAUCCAACCUACAGAGACAUCAGCGAGUUCACUCCGGAGAGAGGCCGUUCAUCUGCUCAGACUGUGGGAAGAGAUUCACUCUUUCAUACAAACUGCAGAGUCAUCAACGAGUUCACACUGGGGAGAAGCCGUUCACCUGCUCAGUCUGUGGGAAGAGAUUCACUCAGUCAUCCAACCUACGGCUUCAUCAGCGAGUUCACACUGGGGAGAAGCCGUUCACCUGCUCAGAAUGUGGGAAGGGAUUCACUCACACAUCCCAUUUACAGAGACACCAGCGAGUUCACACUGGGGAGAGGUCAUUCACCUGCUCAGAAUGUGGAAAGGGAUUCACUCACACAUCCCAUCUACAGAGACACCAGCGAGUUCACACUGGGGAGAAGCCGUUCACCUGCUCCGUCUGUGGGAAGGGAUUCAAUCGGUCAUCCACCCUAAAGAUUCAUCAGCGUGUUCACACUGGAGAGAGGCCGUUCACCUGCUCAGAAUGUGGGAAGAGAUUCACUCUGUCAUGUAACCUGCAGACACAUCAGCGAGUUCACACAGGCGAGAAGCCAUUCACCUGCUCCGUCUGUGGGAAGAGAUUCAGUAAGUCAUCCAACUUACUGGUACAUCAUCGAGCUCACACUGGUGAGAAGCCGUUCACCUGCUCAUUCUGUGGGAAGAGAUUCACUGAGUCAUCCCGCCUACAGAAUCAUCAGCGAGUUCACACUGGGGAGAAGCCAUUCACCUGCUCAGUCUGUGGGAAGAGAUUCACUGAGUCAUCCCGCCUACAGAGUCAUCAGCGAGUUCACACUGGGGAGAAGCCAUUCACCUGCUCAGAAUGUGGGAAGAGAUUCACUCAGUCAUCCCACCUACAGAGACAUCAGCGAAUUCACACUAGGGAUAAGCCCUUCACCUGCUCCGUCUGUGGUAAGAGAUUCUCUAAGUCAUUCAACUUACUGGUACAUCAGCGAGUUCACACUGGGGAGAAGCCGUUCACCUGCUCAGAAUGUGGGAAGAGAUUCACUGAGUCAUCUCACCUACAGAGUCAUCAGCGAGUUCACACUGGGGAGAAGCCGUUCACCUGCUCAGAAUGUUGGAAGGAAUUCACUCAGUCAUCCCACCUGCAGAGACAUCAGCGAGUUCACACUGGGGAGAAGCCAUUCACUUGCUCGGACUGUGGGAAGGGAUUCACUCAGUCAUCCAGCCUACAGAGACAUCAGCGAGUUCACACUGGGUUGAGGCCAUUCACCUGCUCAGAAUGUGGGAAGAGAUUCAGGGAGUCAUCCCACCUACAGAAUCAUCAACGUGUUCACACUGGGGAGAAGCCGUUCACCUGCUCAGAAUGUGGGAAGAGAUUCACUCAGACGUCCCACUUACAGAGACAUCAGCGAGUUCACACUGGGGAGAGGCCAUUCACCUGCUCGGAAUGUGGGAAGGGAUUCAUUCAGUCAUCCAGCCUUCAUAGUCAUCAGCGAGUUCACACAGGGGAGAGGCCGUUCAGCUGCUAAGAAUGUGCGAACGGAUACAUUCAGUCAUCCCAACUACUGGCACAUCAGUCAGUUCACAAUGGGGAGUGGAUGUUGUUAAGUAUCCCUAGGUAUCGUUUGCUGUGGACUGUUAUUUUAUAUGAGAGAGAGAGAGAAGAGAGGAGAGAGAGAGAGAGAGAGAGAGAGAGAGAGAGAGAGAGAGAGAGAGAGAGAGAGAGAGAGAGAGAGAGAGAGAGAGAGAGAGAGAGAGAGACUGAGACUGACUCGCAGCUUGUUUAAUAUUAACCGAGGACACAGACACUCAGAGCCAGACAGAAACGAAGGAGGAGAAAUGGAACAGUCAACACAAAGGAACUAGUGGCCAAGGGUCACUAUUUGUGACUUUCCUAUGCCCACAAGGGUGGGUUAAUUAUUGAUUCAACAUAAUGUACAUCGAAUGUGGGGUUGUCACCUCGUUUGAUCCAUAGGAGUGGAUCUGAUUGGGAUAUCCUGUGAAGACCACUGAUGUGUUAACCCUUGCCUGGGUGUGUUGUGGUAAUUCACUUGAAGACAGUACCCCUUUUGAUAAGUCAUUUUCGAAGAUAAUUUGUAUGUGGAUUUGGAACGACGGAUAAAAUCUACAGCAACUGUUCUCUCGCUUUACCACCGUGGAACCUGUGGAACAUAAUUGCCUUCUCUCGACAUUUAGCCUGGAUUACAAACAUCUCUCUCACAUCACCUAUUCCGUGAAUGAACUGAACUUUCAUACUUUACCAUCUCAGGACUCCCAGUCUCGAUUCCCCUAAUCUCAAUAGUUUGGGAGUUACAUUUACACACAUAUAUACACAUUACUCUGUGAACUUUUGUUUAUCUUGCUCAAGUUUCUAUAUAAUAAGUACAUACUAAUAAAGAGAGUGGUUUUUACAUAAA